CGUGUCCUGCCCGUGACCUGUGAGGCGGCCACCCGGGGCUCUGGCGCUUCCGAUAUGCGCGUCAAACUGCUCCGGCUGCUCCCGCUGCUCCCCCUGCUGCUGGUGCCUUCACUGCUUACUCCCGGCCAUGCAGGCCCCACCGCGGGCACUCAGCACUACAUUCUGCGGAGCGGCUGGUGGGUGCACAAUGCGAACGGCUCGUUGGAGCUGCCAGCGGAGGUGCCUGGUUGCGUGCUUGGCGCGCUGCUGCAGCGCGGCCUCGUGCAGGACCCUUACUACAGAUUUAAUGACCUUGAUUACCGAUGGAUUUCCUUGGACAACUGGACCUAUAGCAACGAAUUCAAAUUCCCUUUCAAUAUCAGCAAAUGGCAGAAAGUAAAUUUGAUUUUUGAGGGAGUUGAUACAGUAGCAGAAAUCUUCUUCAAUAAUGUCUCCAUUGGAAAAACAGACAACAUGUUCCGCAGAUAUAGCUUUGACAUCACCAGUGUGGCCAGAGAUGUGAACUCUUUGGAGCUGCGCUUCCAGUCGGCUGUGCUGUAUGCGGCACAGGAAAGCAGAGCCCACAGAGGGCUCCCAGUGCCCCCUGCCUGCCCCCCGCCCCAGCAGAAUGGCGAGUGCCAUGUCAACUUUAUCCGAAAGGAGCAGUGUUCCUUCAGCUGGGACUGGGGCCCCUCUUUCCCCACCCAGGGCAUCUGGAGAGAUGUCAGCAUUGAAGCCUUUGACAUUUGCUGUCUGAGCCACUUCACUUUCUUCCCCAUCUAUGAUAACACUGCCCAGGUGUGGAGUGUUGAAAUAGAGUCUGCUUUUGACGUUGUCAGCUCAAAGCCAGUUGGUGGUCAGGCAGUCGUCGCCAUCCCCACACUGCAGACACGGCAAACGUUCCGCUUGGAGCUCCAGCCCGGGGAAAGCGUUGUUGAACUCUCUGUGAGAAUUAACAAGAGUAUUAUUGUGGAAGCUUGGUGGCCUCAUGGACAUGGAGACCAGAUUUGGUAUAACAUGACAGUUCUUUUUGAACUGGAUGGAGACAUAUACAUUGAAAAAUCUGCUAAGGUUUAUUUCCGGACAGUGGAGCUUGUAGAAGAGCCAAUAGAUGGGUCUCCAGGUCUGAGCUUCUACUUUAGAAUCAAUGGCUUCCCCAUCUUCCUGAAAGGCUCCAACUGGAUCCCAGCAGACGCCUUCCAGGAGAGGGUGACCCCCGAUGUGUUGCGGCUCCUUCUGCAGUCGGUUGUGGAUGCAAACAUGAAUGCGUUGCGGGUGUGGGGAGGCGGCAUCUACGAGCAGGACGCCUUCUACGAGCUCUGUGACGAGCUGGGGGUCAUGGUGUGGCAGGACUUCAUGUUUGCCUCUGCCCUCUACCCAGCCAGCCAGGGCUUCCUGGAUUCUGUGCAGGCGGAAGUUGCCUACCAGGUCAGGAGACUGAAACCCCAUCCGUCUGUUAUCCUGUGGAGCGGCAAUAACGAGAACGAGGGGCUGCUGGCUAUGAACUGGUUCCAAGUUCCGCUCAGUGACCUGGAGACCUACAUCAAGGACUACGUGACACUCUAUGUGGCCAAUAUCAGGGAGGUCGUCUUGGCAGGAGACAAGACCCGACCCUUUGUGCCAUCUAGUCCUUCAAAUGGAGUUGAAACCAUUGCCGAAGGCUGGGUGUCAAGGGACCCCUACAGCAACCACUACGGCGAUGUGCAUUUUUAUGACUACGACAAUGAUUGCUGGAAUUGGACCGUUUUCCCUAAAGCGCGGUUUGUGUCUGAAUAUGGCUAUCAGUCCUGGUCCUCCUUCAGUACAUUAGAAAAGGUCUCAGUGAAGGAAGACUGGUCUUAUAACAGCACGUUCACCUAUCAUCGACAGCACCAUCUGGAUGGCAAUAAGGAGAUGCUUCGCCAGGCUGCCCUGCAUUUCAGGCUCCCAGAAGGCCCAGAUCCUGUCCGCACCUUCAGAGACAUGCUCUACCUGACUCAGGUGGUACAGGCCCAGUGUAUCAAGAUAGAAACUGAGUUCUACCGUCGCAGCCGGAGCGAGAUAGUGGCUGGUGAGGGCCACACCAUGGGGGCACUCUAUUGGCAGCUGAAUGACAUCUGGCCGGCUCCUUCUUGGUCCUCUCUAGAGUACGGUGGCAAGUGGAAGAUGCUGCACUACUUCGCCCGCCGUUUCUUCGACCCACUGUUGCCUGUGGGCUUUGAGGACAAGGAUGUGUUUUACAUUCAUGGAGUGUCUGACCUGCAUGAGGACCAGAAUGUGACACUCACUUUGAUGGUGCACUCCUGGCACUCUCUGCAACCCCAGUGUGCCCAUUCCACAGAGCCCUUGGUGAUGAAGGCAGGGGCCGCCACCCAUCUGUACAGUGAGCCCGUGGCCCGCCUGCUGCGCAGGUGUGGGAACUGCACCCGGCAAGCCUGUGUGGCUUCCUUCCACCUCUCAGCCGGCGGUGAGCUCGUGAGUCCAGUCAACUAUCAUUUCUUGUCCUCCCUGAAGGAUGCUGAGGGGCUGCUCAAGGCACAUAUCACGGCCACCAUCUCCCAGCGAGGUGAUGCAUUUGCCAUCGACCUGGAGACAUCGGCUGUGGCGCCCUUCGUGUGGCUGGACGUGGGAAGUGUCCCCGGGAGGUUCAGUGACAAUGGUUUCCUUAUGACUGAGAAGACACGGACUGUUCUUUUUCACCCAUGGGCACCCACCAGCAAGAGUGACCUGGAGCAGUCUCUUCAUGUGACUUCCCUGACAGACAUUUACUGAGGGGUCUGGGCUGUGUGUUCACAGGCGACGUUCUCAGGGAGGCUACGCGUAGGUGUUCCUGAACCUGGCUGGGUUUGUGUCCCGAGUGAACUCCAGGUACUGUUACUGGGGCCCUUCUAGGAGUCACAGGAAGGGAACAGUGGCAGUGUCUGUGGAACCACAUAUGGAAGGCUGUGAGAUCCUCGACUGGUCAUCGAGAAGUAUUGUUCUUAAUUUUUAUUAGCACAUGUUUGCCGCAUGUAAUUAAUGGUCAUGCUCACUGGGGGAGCUGUACAGAACACAUCCUGUUCCGAGCCACUUGCUUACCUCUGCUUCUGUCGUGCUGGGUAAUCUCACUGAGAUGCCUGGUUACUGGGGUGGAGGGGUGGGGCUAAGUCUUCAGAAUGAGAGAUUUCUAGGUGACAGCCACAUUGUUCAUUGUUCCCAGAUUGUUUGGAGGUUGAUUGUCGUUUGGUUAUUGUUUGAGGAUAAGACUCUUUCAUUCUGAGUUAUUAAAUAAAAUACGGCUUUAGUAACAAUAAUUUAUUUGUCAAAAGGCCCUUAGCGUAAUCCUUUGGAAAAUAAUCUGGUAUCCCUGUGGGCACUGGAAAUUUUGUAUGUCCUGGCAUUGGCAUGCAUGUGGGCUUCAGAUUUCUAGUUCAAAAGCAUGGGUUAAUGUAGGCUUGUAGCCCUGGUGUGAAAGUGAUGUUACCUUUGUCAAGAGUUUAAGUCAUUUCUUUAUAUUGAUUAACUAUAAGUUGCUUAGAAAUUGCGUAUAG